GCGUGAGGGUGCUCCUCUCUUUGUCGGUGUUUAUCGUUACAGUUGCAUUUAGUACGUGAUUUAAAACUCACCAAUAUUCAUUUUUAUACGGUUUAUCCCGUCCGCUUCUGUGUGAUAAUGUCUCGUGACCGAUCUCGUAAUCGUGGAGGAUUCCAGCCCCGAGGCCGCGGAGGAAUGGGGAUGCGCGGUGGCAUGGGCAUGGGGAUGGGUAUGGGCAUGGGAAUGGGAAUGGGGAUGGGGAUGGGAAUGGGAAACCCGAACUUUCGAAAUCAAAACCAGCACCAUUUUCAAAACCGAGGCCCACAAAUGGGUGGUGGAUUUAGGCAGAAUCAGGGAAAUCAAGGCAACCAGGUAUCUACACAACAGAAGCCGCAGGAACCCGCACAGAACAAGCCCGUCGUGCAGACUCCUCCUGCGCAAGGCCCCGGUCAGGCCCAGCAGGCCGCCAACAAAGGCCCGACGCCCCAGCAGACUCCCACCGUCGCUCCGCCGAAAAUCCAGUCUGCUCCACCGAAGAUCCAGUCUCCUCCGCCGAAGAUUCAGUCUCCUCCGCCAGCACAGAAUAACGCGAAGACGCCAGAAAUAGCUUCCCCUCAAAACCAGCAAAGGAAGAACCUACCCAAACCCGCGAUGGGGAAUGGCCAGAAGCCGCCUGCUCCCUUGAAGCAAGAGCAGACGCCAGCACCAACACCCCCACCAGCACAACAACAGCAGCAACAGCAACAACAACAAAAACAGACUCCCGCAAACGAGCAGAGCUCUCAGCCCCAGGAAUUGAAGGCAACGCUCUCUUUGCUGCGCAAGCCUGGGGAGAAAACAUACACCCAACGUUGUCGUCUUUUUAUCGGGAACCUUCCAAACGACAUCACUGAACCCGAAUUCAGGAAAUUGUUCGCAAAGUAUGGGGAACCCAGUGAGAUUUUCAUCAAUCAAGGCAAAGGCUUUGGAUUCAUCCGUCUGGAAUCCCGUGCCUUGGCAGAGGUUGCGAAAGCAGAGUUGGAUGAUACUCCAAUGAAAGGCAGACCACUCCGAGUUCGCUUCGCUACUCAUUCUGCUGCACUUUCUGUGCGAAAUCUAUCUCCGUUCGUGUCCAAUGAGCUGCUGGAGGAGGCAUUCUCUCAGUUUGGACUGGUGGAAAGGGCUAUAGUCAUCGUGGAUGACCGUGGACGCUCAACAGGGAAAGGCAUUGUUGAGUUUUCUUCUAAGCCAGCUGCCCGCAAGGCCAUGGAUCGCAUUAGUGAUGGGGUGUUCCUUCUCACAUCGUCCCCCCGUCCAAUUGUGGUUGAAUUGUUGGAGCAGUAUGAUGACGAGGACGGUUUGCCCGAGAAGCUUGCACAGAAAAACCCCAGUUAUCAAAAGGAACGAGAGCAACCUCCUCGGUUUGCCCGUCCUGGCACCUUUGAGUAUGAAUACUCCCAGCGAUGGAAGUCCCUUGAUGAGAUGGAGAAACAGCAGAGGCAGCAAGUGGAGAAAAACAUCUGUGAAGCCCGUGAGAAGCUGGAAACGGAGAUGGACGAUGCAUAUCAUGAGCAUCAAGCGAACAUGCUCAGACAGGAUCUCCUUAGACGUCAAGAGGAACUUCGCCGCAUGGAGGAGCUGCACAGUCAGGAGAUGCAGAAGCGUAAAGAGAUGCAGCUUAGGCAAGAAGAGGAACGUCGUAGGAGAGAGGAGGAGAUGAUGCGGCAGAGGGAAAUCGAAGAACAAUUGAGGCGCAAACGCGAGGAAUCUUACAGAAUGAACAACUUCAUGGAUAAU